AUGCAGGGCCAGUUGCCAUGGAGAGCAUCCGAGCUGGUCCAGGCUCCGCACGCCUUGCCGAGUACACGGUCGCGGCAGGCCGUCCAGGCCCCGCAAUGCACACGGGCAGCAUCCGGACUGGCAUGCACCUUACUGGGAGGCUUCUACGUUACGAAGAAGCACUGCGCAAAGACAAGAAGUCUCAGAAACGGCCGGAGCCACGUGCUGUUGGCGGCCAGCCGUGAUGUCCAGGAGAUCGCAGACGAGGAUGUGGAGCUCUUGAGGCAAGUCUUGCCUGAAGUCAAGGAGCUGGUGGUGCUGCAGAAGAGCAACAUGGACUUGAUCCUCCAGCUGGCAAGGACCAUGGUCCCCGUCCAGGCAUCCAAAGGGGAGGUGCUUGCACAAGAGGGCCAGCCAGACAGCUCCAUGCUCGUCGUGGCGGAGGGUGACGUUUUGCUGGAGCGGGCAGAGCAGUCCAAGGGCAAAGCGAGCCGUGGAAGCUACUUCGGAGCCGAGUGCCUCUUGGGAAACAGCCCGCACCGAACUUCUGCGGUUGCAGAAAGCGACUGCCGCUUACUGCGAUUGGACCGCACCAGCUUUGACGCUGUUGUGCUCUCUCAGAGAGACGAAGAUGAGCUGGACGAAGAGGAUGAGGAUGACGAAGGCGAGGAUGGGGCUACCUGCCUGCCCGGUGAUCUGGUGGACAUCUUUAUUCUUUCAGACAGCACCGGGGAGUCUGCGAGUGCGUCAGUCCGAACUGCUGCCCAGCAGUUCCAGUACUGCUCGGGUUCGACAUGUGCCGCCAGCCGAACUACGGUCUUCCGAUUCAUUCGAUCUGAAUCGGAGAUCCGAAAGAUCAUCGCAUCAGCAAAGGAAAAGAAAGCCAUGUUGGUCUACACGGUCAUGGAUCCCAAGUUGCACGAGGUGGUGGUGCAGGAAUGCGAAGCUAGCCAAGUCGAGAGUAUUGACCUGUGGGGUCCCCUCCUGGCAUCUCUGGAGCAGAGAUUUGGUGCAAAGCGAAGUGGCAUCUUUGGCCGACACCAGAUCGUGACGGAUGAGUACAUGACAAUUGUGAAAGCAAUCGAGUACACGCGCAAGGUUGACGAUGGGGUUUUGCCCAAUCUAUGGGAUGAGUGCGACAUCAUGCUUGUUGGCCCAUCCCGUGCUGGCAAGACCCCUCUGUCCUUCUACUUGGCCCAGCGAGGGUUCAAGGUCGCGAACUAUCCGCUUAUUCCAGAUGAGGAGCCGCCCAAGGAGCUGUUCAACAUCGACCAGCAGAAGUGUUUUGCGCUACAAAUCAAGCCUGAGCGUUUGCAAGAGAUUCGCACCCAGCGAAUGAAGCAAUUCAACCGCAGAAACACUGACUACGCAAACUUGAACAACAUCAAGAAGGAAGUCAGCUGGAUAAAGAGUUUCUACUUGCGACGAGGUCCCAAAUGGCCCAUCAUAGACACAAGCAAUGCAGGUGUUGCAGAGACGGCCGCAAGAAUUAUGGAGAUCCUAGAUCGCCGGAAG